UCUACUUCAACACUAACGACCCUCGCUCUUCUGACUGUGGUGGAAUGAAAUGGAACCAAAAAGGGUGGGAAAUAGAACAAAUUAAAUAAAACCCUAAUAACAGAAAAAACGUUUUAUGUUGUGCUGUGUGACUAACUUUCAUUCCAUGACCCAUUUUUAUUGGAAUUCCUCUCUCCAUUUGAACUUCCCAAAGUUGCUUCUAUGACGAGGCUGCUUCGUCACACUUCCCUUCUCACACGCUCGCUAUUCGUCCCUAAGUAAUACGUGCAUUCAUGGGGACCGAAGUCAGGAAUAUUUGCCCUCUAACAAAAGAGAUUUGAGCUGGGAUUAUUUGGCACUUCUCAGAUUUUGAGUUUUUCAUCUAAAGGUAGAAGACGCUCCAAAUCUGAUGGAAGUGAUUCUGGUGAAGAAAACAUAUCCAAGAAAGAGUUGGCCCUUCAACAAGCCCUUGAUCAAAUCACUUCUGCAUUUGGAAAGGGAUCCAUCAUGUGGCUUGGUCGCUCUGUCUCACCAAAAUAUGUUCCUGUUGUGUCUACAGGUUCUUUUGCUCUUGAUAUAGCACUAGGAAUUGGUGGUCUUCCGAAGGGACGUGUUGUGGAAAUAUAUGGGCCAGAGGCUUCUGGAAAAACAACUCUUGCUUUACAUGUGAUUGCAGAAGCACAGAAGCAAGGAGGUUAUUGUGUCUUUGUUGAUGCUGAGCAUGCCCUUGAUAAGAGACUUGCAGAGUCUAUUGGGGUGAAUACAGAAAACUUGCUUCUCUCCCAACCUGAUUGUGGUGAACAAGCCCUCAGUCUCGUGGAUACCUUAAUACGUAGUGGUUCAGUUGAUGUAAUUGUUGUUGACAGUGUGGCUGCACUUGUUCCUAAAGGUGAGCUUGAUGGUGAAAUGGGUGAUGCUCACAUGGCAAUGCAGGCUAGGUUGAUGAGUCAGGCACUUCGAAAAUUGAGCCAUGCAUUAUCACUUUCUCAAAGUAUACUAAUUUUUAUAAAUCAGGUGAGGUCAAAGAUUUCAACCUUUGGGGGAUUUAGUGGACCUACUGAAGUUACUUGUGGUGGUAAUGCAUUGAAAUUCUAUGCUUCUGUGCGUCUAAAUAUCAAGAGAACAGGGUUUGUCAAGAAGGGUGAAGAGAUUUUAGGAAGUCAGGUUCUUGUCAAGGUUGUGAAGAACAAGCUUGCCCCUCCAUUUAAAACUGCUGAGUUUGAGCUUGAAUUUGGCAAGGGGAUAUGUAGAGAAACAGAGGUUAUAGAUCUAAGUGUACAACACAGACUAAUCUUAAAGGCUGGCGCAAUGUAUUACUAUAACGAACAGAAUUUCCGUGGCAAGGAUGCCCUGAAGAAUUUCCUAGCUGAGAAUUGUAGCGCAUUAGAAGAACUUGAAACUAAGCUCAGAGAAAAGGUUCUUAAGGUUGAAACAGAACAGACACAAGAAUCAGAUGUUAUUAAUGGAGAUGUUACCGAAGAAAUUGCCUCAGUUGAUUCUACUGUUGAAGAAACAGCUGUUGUAGAAGCAUGAUUUUGUGAAUGCUCACUCGUUUUUCCCUGCCUCAAUCUCCACCCUUUCAUUUAUGCAUGUAGCUUGGUGAAUUGGCCCUAAAAUGGUCAUUCUCAGAUGAAGAAGGUCCUAAGAAGCUAUGCAUGACCCGAAUGCUUAUACUUGUAGUUCGGAAUCUCAUUCUUGUUCGUGGUAAAAUGUUUGAAGUUCAAUUUGAAUUUCACUGUACUACCUGUAAAUUGAAUUUAAUGUCAUUUUAUAUAGGCCUGCCUGGCGUUAUGGCACAUGUAAAUUGAGAAUAUAAUGGACUAACUGCACAGGAAGAUCAUCUAUCAACUGUUUGUAAUGAUUUUACUAUGCAACAUGUAUGAUAAUGCAUAUAUUUCUCAUGA